GUGGCUGAGCGCUCAAGGACGAGGCCGCAGCCAACCGAUGUCUCUAGAGCAGUUCGGGCCGCUCGCGCCGCCGCAAUUACGCAGCAGGAAGAACCCUAAUCAGGCCCGGGGAGCUCCGCAGGUUUCAGGAGAGAAGGGCUACGUGAGGCCAGUCACACGAGGGACAUUCGUGACACAUGGCCUGUUACGGCAUUUAACCGAAACGACGACACAAUCUCCGCCUCCGUUGUUAAAGGACGAAGACGGAUUGAUGGAAGAGUUUGUCCCUGAGUCGGAAGACAAGUCGAUUUUCAGUGAGGAGCGGAAACAACUACAAAAGCUUUCAUCAGACGUACCAAACAUCUUUGACGGUAUAUUAUUAUUAUAACUUUUAAAUUAACAU